UUUGAGUGCGGAAAAUCGAAUAUAGAAAUUUUUAUCAGCUGCUGUCUUAUCAGCGCCACAACCGGCGCCAUAUGUGGACUUUCUUUGCGCUAAGAGUAAAAAUUUUAAAAAUUAUGCGAAGAAAGAAUGAGAACUGUCGAAGCAAGGCAUAAGUGGAGAAAGAUUCAGAAAGCUGCAAAGUGAACUCUGAAGAAAACUGGUGGAAAAGCGUUUGAGGAGCAGACAACAACGGGCAACAGCGCGACGCGUUUAGUUCUAAAAAGAAAGCCACGCGCUGCGGUUUAUUAAGAGAUAAUCAUAUUCAUAGAAAAAAAUAAUUUCUUAUUAUUAAAGUAUUUAUUAGAAAUUUUUACUCAUCAGCCAUGAACUUUAAUAUGCUUGCAUUGCUGGUGGUGCUCCACACAACACUGCUGUCGUACGUGGUGAAUGGCCAAUUCUGGAGGCUAAACAGUCCAAGUGACCGCGAUAAUUUCAUUUUGGAAACCAAAUCGCUUAUGGCAUCCGGCAUAUGCUAUAAGGAAGUGCUCGGCGAAGCCAGCGAGCCCACCUUGAAGCUGCAAACAAUCUCCUAUUGCUGUCCUGGCUACCGGCGCGACUUGCAGUCGUCGGCAAUGCAUUGCGAACCCAUCUGCUCGGAGGAUUGCACGAACGGCAUCUGCACGGCGCCCGAUGUUUGCGAGUGUUAUCCGGGCUAUACACGCGCCGGCGGUCGCUGCGAGGAACAGUGAACUGAGAGGACAGAUAUUUUUAAGUAUUAAACUUAGAAUAGAAUCAGACACUAGAAGCCGAAAAAGAUUGAGAUUUUAUUGUAUUAAGGCACGAAUUGCAUACAAGAGCUUUCAGAAAGACUUCGUGAAAGCUUUAAGUGCAGGGAAGGCAUAAAAUUCUCUACCAACGAAAUGGAUUAUAUUGUUUGAUCUUUUAAGGGUUGCAUAGUGUAAAUGUAGAAGCAAAUCAUAAUUUCAAAAAAGUUGUGUUAAUAUUAAAUUCAAUUUUACUAAAACUAAGUACUUCUAAGUCGAUGAAAUAUAAAAAACGGCGAAUUUUGUAUAAAAAUUGGUUAGAAGAAUUCAAUUAUUUAAAUUUUUUUUUAAUUUUUGUCUUUUAUAUUAUUAUUCGGACUGGUCCAUUUAAACUGCGAGCGUAAACCGAAUCAAAAAAAAUUAAAAAUGGAUUUUUAACAAUCUUUUUUAUCUCUGCAUCCCAAUUA